UUGGAGAGACCAAUGUAGUCUUAUGGAGUAAAACGCUUGUUUUAGUUAAAAUUUUAGUGUUAAAAUUUUAGUUUUGCUAUGAUUAUGAGCAUAUACUAACCGAAACAAGCGUUUAUACUGAUUCUGGUCUGGUCAAUUGUCAUUGACUGAAUAUUAUGGUCUAUUGCUCAAUAUUUAAUAAAGACAACAUACGGUUAAAUUAUAAUGAAUGACAAUCACAGUGAGAAAACAGCCCUUCUUGAUGACAACCCCUCGCAAUCUUCUGAAAGUGAAUUACAGAUUCCGCCACAAUCUACAAGCAUACAGAAAAGUACGCCACCACUAUACCAGAGUUUUAGCAACGAUCGAGCAGAUGAGCAUGACAUUGAAACUCAUCCUUCAGAAGUACUUAUUGUUUCAACUAGAGGAGGCGGCCUUGGUACUCAAAGUAGCUUGGUUACUAUAUUUUCUAUGUGGAAUACGAUGAUGGGUACUUCACUACUUACUAUGCCUUGGGCAAUAAGUCAGGCUGGAUUUACUUGUGGGAUAGUCUUGAUGAUAUUCAUUGGUGGACUGUCGUUUUAUACAACAAAGCAAAUUGUAAAUUUUGCUGCAAACUACAGCUCGAAAAAAAGAGAGACAUUGGAAUUUUCUGACAUUUGUCGAGCUUACCUUGGUCCCUGGGGAGACAGAGCAGCCUUCGCAUUUUCGCUGUGUGCUAUAUUUGGUGCUUUGAUUGUGUUUUAUGUUCUCAUGUCGAACUUUUUGUAUAAUACAGGAAGAUUUGUAUAUGAAAAAACACAUGUCUUCAAUACAACCUCGUUCAAUGGUUCUGGAGAAGUAUUUUGUGCAGCUGAUGCGUUGUCUGAAGCAACUGAGCCUGAUUCUGAUUUCUUCCAAUACUGGAAUAAAAAGAAAACUAUUCCUUUCUACUUACUUAUUAUCAUUUUCCCAUUAAUGAAUAUAAAGUCGCCAACUUUUUUCACAAAAUUUAAUGCCUUGGGAACAAUUUCUGUUAUAUAUGUAAUCGUGUUCACUAUCUACAAUUCUGCCAAGUGGGGAGUCAACAUAGAUUUUAGUGACAGCAAGUCCCCCCAUUAUGUGGCACAAAUUGAACCUUCGUUUCCAGCUCUUUCUGGAACACUGACCUUAGCAUUUUUUAUUCAUAACUGCGUUCUAUCAAUUACGAGAUAUCAAAAACACCCAAAAAACAACUCUCGUGAUGUUCUCAUUGCGUAUAUUCUUGUUGGGGUAACGUAUAGUCUGAUAGGAUUUGUCUUUUAUCUAACUUAUCCCAUGGACAAGAAGUCUUGUAUUGAUGAGGUACUUCUUGAGAAUUUCGCACCAAGCGAUGGAAUGGCAUUUGGAGUGCGUUUAGUGUUUCUAUUUCAAUUGAUUACCGUUCUUCCUCUUUUGGUCUAUAUCAUAAGAAUUCAAAUCAUGAAUUUCUUCUUUGGUAAACCUUAUCCAAGCUUUCUUCAUAUCUUUCUACUGAAUGUAUUCCUUGUGGUAAUGUCAGUUUUAUUUGCUUGUUUUUAUCCACAUGUUGGGGGUAUAAUCAGAUUCACGGGAGCGCUUUGUGGUUUGACUUACGUUUAUGCCUUGCCUCCAAUAAUUUAUAUGAAGCAAAGAAAAAAGGAGGGGAGGAUGUUGACGAAAACGUCGAUGUUUCUUCACUGUUGUAUCAUCGGAAUUGGUAUCCUGAAUUUUAUAGGACAAUUUAUUAUUUCUGCGUAACAUUUAGUAUAAGCUUUAUAAUGACUAGAACAAUCUUCUUAAUUUCGUUUAUAUGUAAUUGAAUGCGCGGCACUUUGAAUGACGUAGGCACAAUCUGAAGCCGGCACACAUGCAGAAUAGGAAAAAAAUACAGAUUGAGACUAGUGCGUGUGCUCUCAAGAUGUAUCUCAAGAAGUGCCUCACAGUGCCUGACAAUGCAAGCGCAUUGUCAGGCACUGUGAGGCACUUCUUGAGAUACAUCUUGCAAAGUAGGUAUAUAAGAAAAUUCAAAAGGAAAACAUUGUAUAACCUCAACCGCGCGCUAACAAUUUCAAAUGACAAAUAGUUUCUCCCUAAUAAAAGCCAUUAGGACGCUGAUGGAAUUUUUACCAGUGAUGGAUUUUAGUCACAGGCACUAUAGGCAAUAAAUAUAUCGAGAAACGAUAAAACUUACAUAUUUUAACAUGCACGGUUGAUUAUAUACAGAAAUUCGCUUGUCUAAUUAUUUUUUUAUAGAUAUAAUUUCAAAUUCAGAUAACAAAAUAAAUUUAUAUAAUA